AUGACAAAAUUCUCCACCUGGAAUGUCGAGGUUUUGAAUCAGCUGGACAUUUCAUCAUCCCUAACUAGUGCGUACGAGCAUGCAGAUAGCCACCAUGCACUGUGUGGCAAAACGCCCUCGUGGUGCAAUAAGGCGUUGGGGCGGGGGCUUGAUCGUCUGAAGCCAGGGUGGCUGCCGCUAGUUCAUGUAUGUGAGUACAAUCCAACAUGGCUGGCUAUGGAGGCGGCUGCGCAUGGUGCCACCUCGACGUGUGGCUUUGGGCGCGAAGAAAACGAGCCAGGUAACGUGCCGGCUGCCUCUGGGGCCCGACUUCUUGUUCUCUCUCUUCUUGCUCCAACCAGACGCUCUACCAACGUAUUCACGCUCCCAACGCUUUUCGCAAACAACACCGUCAAAAUGCCUGGCAUUCCUAUCGGCGCUCUUGAGAACCUCAAGAACAAGGUCCUGGAGAUCAUCAGGAAGAAGCUCAACAAGAACAAGGGCGAGGAGAAGCCCGCGGCGACGGCGACCACUGCGGAUGCUGCGGCCCCUGCUGCAGUGGACGCCACCAAGACGGAGGCCGCGCCUUCUGCUGCGCCUGCUGAUACCACACCUGUUGCUGCGGCUCCUGCGGCCGCCGCCCCACCGGCCACCGAGGCUCCCAAGGAUGCUGCUGAGGCUCCUGCAGCUCCUGUCGAGGCCGCUGCCGUUCCUGACGCUGCUGCUGCGGUCGAGAAACCUGCUGCCACCCCCACUCCCGCUACCGCUACGGCUUAA